AUGCCGAAAUCCCUUGUCAAGGCCCGCAAAAUGCAGGCUGCCGGUGUAACGAAGACAGAUUGCACCGACGUUAGACGACGAACGUCCAAGGCUAGCGGCGAUCUCUUGCCCGUCGUUGGCAGUGUAACUGCGCUGCGUGUGUUGCCCUCUAUCGAUAGCGCAGUUCCUCGGCUAAAGCGAGUUACUUAUGCUAUUUGGCAAAUGGCUGAUAGCCGAGGAACUAGGGCGGCUCAGUUUGCAGCAAUGCGUAUGCCACUGGCAGCCAAGAAAUGGAGAGAAGAGGAGGGGUGGGAGGAUUCGGAGCACGAGGGCGAGGGCGAGAGUGAGGGCGGUCCGGCCGCGUCGUCGAAUACAGACAAUCAGCAUGAGCUUGAUCGCAAUGUGUAUGCUUCUGUCUCUCAACCCGUGCGCUCUCACAUCGCACAUCCCAUGUCCAUAGCUCAGAUUCCAUCAUUCUCCCCCAUGCCCAACACACCGCACUCGCGCCCCCGCCCACACCCAUCACAACGGGCUUCCGCGCAUCCACGCACCAUGCCACACCCCAUUCCAUCCCGUCGCAUCCAAAUCCCUCCAUCCAUCGUUGCCGUCAUUCUUUCCAUAUACCGUGACAGUGGCACGACCUCCGACGCGCGGCGCAUAACAGUGUCCAAUGUGCGCGCGGACGUACAAGUCGCCCGAGGCUCACACGCUCAGCUUGCGGCGCCGGCGGCACCCGCCCAGAGCUGA